AUGGAAGAUGUUAGACAGUUUCUUCUAGAAGAGGAGUUAGUUCCUGUUGUGUUUAAGACUAACCUUGAAGGAUGCGGUUUCCUUGUUUCUAAGGAGCAAGCAACAGCUGAUAUUCCAGAAGGUUACAAAUCUGGCCUUCCAUUUUGGCUUGCAAAGGAACUCGCAAGGAUUGAUAUUGUUGAAGUUGAAGAACCAAGAUGGCUUGCUGAACUUGGACCAGGCGCAAACAUAACGGCACAAAGAUCAUACUUAUUUGGAGGUGAAAUCGCUAAAAGCCGAAGAGAUAAUAAUGCAAUUGUACGAUUAAUGCACCUCCUGCAGUCAAGAAGUCUUGAUAUUACCGAUACAGCAUUAAAACCGCGAAAUUAUAGACCAGGCCAAGUAGAAAGCGUCUAUUUAUCAGAAGAACAAGAAAUGAUACAGAAAACGCAAAGAAAUACAUCUGACUUCCUUUAUUGGAAGAAGAAGAAAGAUGAUUGA